AUGCCAACGCGGAUGCCAUGUCCAGACGUCCAUGUCGCUCUGGAUGGCUGCCGCUAUUGUGAAAAACGAGAGGCCAAGGAACAGGAGCUCUGUGUUGAGGAGCAGGCGGGUCCCUUGUGCAGCGGGGAAGGGCCAAUCUGUGAAGUGGCGGAGCUCCAUGAUCCACUGGAGUGGAGGGCUCAGCAGGAACUGGAUCCCGAUCUGCAACCUGUGCUGCAGUGGGUUGAAUCGGGACAGAGACCACAGUGGAGUGAGGUAGCUGGGUUUUCGCUGGCCACCAAAGGACUGUUUGAAAAGUUUACAACCCUCCGUAUAAAAGACAGAGUACUUCAAAGAGCGUGGAAAGAGCCAGCUACAGGGGAGGAAAGGUGGCAAACUGUAGUCCCCAGAGCACUCAGAGACCCAGUUCUGAAGGCUUGUCACGGAACUCCUGGGGCGGGACACUUUGGAGUCUCAAAAACUCUCAGACGGCUCAGGCAAGGGUUUUACUGGGGCCAGCUCAGGAGGGAUGUAGAGGACUUUUGUCGUCGUUGCGACCUGUGCGCUGCUUAUAAGGGCCCUCCAGGUCAAUCCCGUGCCGAGCUUCAGCAGUUGGCCGUGGGGGCCCCUAUGGAAAGAGUGGCUGUGGACAUAAUGGGUCCGUUUCCCCGGUCUUCGGUUCAGGAGUCCACAGCAUGCACACCUGCUCUUCUCAUGUUGGGGCGAGAGCUGCGGACACCCAGAGAAAUGUGCUUUGGCAGACCCCCACACACUCCUGCUGUCCCACCAGGACCGGAAUACGCUCGGAGGCUACAGGACCGGAUGGAGACAGCUCAUGCGUUUGCCCGUGACCAGCUGCAAAAGUCUGGGAUCCGGCAGAAAAGAAACUACGACAUGAGGGCCAAAGGAAGAGACUUUAACCCUGAGGACCUCGUGUGGGUGUUCAGCCCUAAGAGAAAAAAAGGGAGGUGCCCUAAGCUGGACUGUCACUGGGUGGGGCCCUGUAGGGUACUUGAGAAGCUUGGGGAGGUGGUGUAUAGGGUGCAGCUCCCACCUAGGGGUAGACGGGUGGCCCUUCACAGAGAUAGGUUAGCUUCAGUGGUAACAGCCCAGACAGAGGCGGUCAAGCGCUCAGAGCUGCUGCCGGCCACCGCAGGAAUACGCCUCAUGAUGGGGUCACGAAUCAAGGAAAACCCUGAGUCUACCUUUGAGAUUUAUAUAGAAGUAUCCUACUCGGGAACACCAGGCUCUAAACCACUAGUCCACAGACAGUUUCCUGAAGAUUAUAAUGAGAAGGAAACGCUUCAGACAGUACCGAAGUUCUGCUUUCCAUUUAACAUGGACAGUCUCACAGUUAACCAAGUCGGCCAGAAUUUCACCUUUGUGUUAACUGAUAUUGAGAGUAAACAGAGAUUUGGUUUUUGUCGUCUGUCCUCUGGCGCUCAUACCUGCUACUGCAUUCUGAGCUACCUGCCUUGGUUUGAGGUCUUCUACAAACUUCUUAACAUUAUUGCAGACUACACUAUCAAAGGCCAGGAAAGCCCCCUACAAGAGCUCCUUGUCUCACUACAUACCCUUCCAAUCCCGGAGCCUGGAGUUCCUGUUCAUCUGGGGAUGCAUUCCUUCUUCACUGUGCCUGACAUUAGAGAGCUCCCUAGUAUACCAGAAAAUAGAAACUUGACAGAGUAUUUUGUAGCUGUAGAUGUCAAUAACAUGCUCCAUCUUUACGCUAGUAUGCUUUAUGAACGCCGAAUUCUCAUCUGUUGUAGCAAACUAAGCACUUUAACUGCAUGUGUCCAUGGGUCUGCAGCCAUGUUGUAUCCAAUGCACUGGCAACAUGUUUACAUUCCAGUUCUGCCUCAACAUCUGUUGGACUACUGCUGUGCCCCGAUGCCUUACCUAAUUGGAGUGCAUUCCAGUUUAAUGGAGAAAGUUCGCGUGAUGUCUCUGGAUGAUGUGGUGGUUCUCAAUGUGGACAACAACACCCUGGAAAGUCCUUAUGAAGACCUUCAAAGCCUUCCUAAUGAUGUGGUUUCCGCUCUAAAAAGCAGACUGAGAAAGGUGUCGACCACAACAGGUGACGGUGUGGCUCGCGCCUUCCUCAAGAGCCAGGCUGCUCUCUUUGGCAGCUACAGAAAUGCCCUGCAGAUCGAGCCGGGAGAGCCAAUCACGUUUAACGAAGAGGCGUUCAUCAACCAUCGAUCUAGUGCAAUGAGGCAGUUUCUUCAGAAUGCAAUUCAACUACAACUAUUCAAACAGUUUAUUGAUGGCCGUUUGGACCUGUUAAACGCAGGAGAAGGAUUUAAUGACAUUUUUGAGGAGGAGAUCAGCAUGGGAGAGUAUGCCGGAAGUGACAAGACGUACCAUCAAUGGUUGUUCACUGUUAAGAAAGGCGGUGGUGCAAUCAUUAACACAGUGAGGACUAAAGCUAACCCUGCAAUGAAAACUGUCUAUAAAUUUGCUAAGGAUCAUGCCAAAAUGGGUAUUAAGGAGGUGAAGAGCAGACUGAAACAAAAGGAACAGGCAGAGAAUGGUUUUCCCACAGCCGGAUCCGUGGUCAUCGACAACGACGGUUCCUCUGAGUUUCCAUCGAGCACUCGAGCUGUGAGGAGAGAGGGGCCGCUGCAUACCUGGGAUGACCGAAGACCGAUCACGAUGCACUUUGGACAGACUCGACCACCAAUUUUGUUAAAAAGGCCGAGCAGUAAUGUGAGUUUGGAGGCUGCUGUGGACCCACUCUCUCUGCGUCCCACUCGGCAUUACACUGUGUUUCUGUCGGAGGAUUCCUCUGGAGACGAGCUCCAGUUUGACGAGGACUCUGUCUCUGGGUGUCCUGAUGGCUUUCUCUUCUCAACCCCCUUUGAGUGGUCUCCUCUGGCACAACCGUACCACUCGCUAAAAGAAGUGGAGUUGUUAGAAAGUGGUGGUGAUGAUAAUGGCCUUGGUUCAGAGAGGCACACUGCUCCUUCAAGUCCAGUUAAUGAAAGGUUCUCCAAUGUCAAUCUGUUGGGGGAUAUUUUUGGCUGCCAAGAUGAGCCUGACAGCCAACAUAUUACUCUGGCAAAAAGUCUUGAAGAUUUGAGGACGCCCAAAGAAACUGACAGUGUGCCAUCAAAGUUCAACUAUCAGCGCAUGGACCUGAGCAUCAGUGAACAUUCACGCACACUGCCUGGGCUUAAACUGUCCAAUCCGUACAACAAGCUCUGGAGUGCAGGACAAGAGGAGGCUGCUCUGCCCAUCUGUGUUCCUGCUGCUUCUUCUGAACGACCGGCGUCUGUUCAACUUCCUGAUGCCCCUUCUCCGUGUCGUGAAAUCCUCACUCUGGGAAUGGAUGUCCUGGACCUCACAAACACUAGCAACAUCACCAUUCCCCGUCCACAGGGCAGGAAGACGCCAGAGCUGGGAAUAGUGUUGGCGCCUCCUGUUGUUCAAGUCCGGUCCAAACCAGCGGAAGGAAGGACUACAUCUGGAGGACAAGAGUUCAGGCAAGCUCUGAGCCGCACGACCGAUGUGGACCUUCUGAAGCCCUCCAAAGUUCCGGAGGAGAACCUAGAUCUGCUCAGCCUUUUGGACCCUCUCAAGAGUUCACCCGUCAAUGAGAAGAUGGAAAACGGCACCCUCUCAGCAAAUAAACCACCACUUCCACCACGGCCUUACCCAACAGGGCUGCCUCCUUUUCAAGCGCAGCUUCAAGUAUCCCUCAACCCCUUUGCCUCAUCUCUUCCACAAACCCCGCCUCAAAUGCACUACUCCCCCGUGGUCAGUGGUAACCCCUUCAGUGCAGUCUACGGGCCUCCAGGCCCCUGCCUCCACACCCCACAGACUUUGCCUGGUUUGUACAGACAGCCCUCACCUGGCGGCUGUUCUGUGUCCCCCAGUUAUGGACUCAUGCACCCGCCCUUCCUCUCAUCAGCCUCCCCCCGGCCGCAGUCCUCCAGUAACCACUCUCUGUCCACUCUGGCAGACUCUAUGACUGACCCACCCCAGAGCAGACUGGCAAAACCUCUUCAAACUGAGGCAGAAAGUCAAAAGAGUCAUGAUCCUUUUGGAGACCUGCUCAACAUUGUCCAACCCUCUGCGACUCCUAAAAUGAAGGUAGAAGACCUACGGAGAAAGUGGGAAACGUUUGACUGA